AUGGUAAUUGGAGAUUUAAACGCAAGGAUAGGAAACAUGCAGACGGCAACUACUGUCUUACAAGAAACAAACCUUACCAACAUUUAUAACAACCGCACAUCCAAAGAUACCGUCUACAAUCAAAAUGGAACAAAACUUCUUGAUAUUCUUCAAAACUAUGAUUUAUGUAUUCUAAAUGGUUGUACCGAAGGGGAUCGAGAAGGUCAUUAUACUUUCAUUGGAGGUCAAGGCAAAUCUGUGAUAGACUAUUGUGCAGUAAAUAACGACUGGGUAGAUCUUAUAACCAAGUUUGAAGUUCAAACAAAAACUUAUUCCGAUCAUUUACCUAUAGUUAUUGAAUGGACUAAUAAUGCUAUAAGAAACGAAAAAACUCUUAAUUUGCUCCCAAGAAUGAACUGGAAAAUACAAAAAAUAAAUAUAUACCAUGAAGCUAUAGACAACUUUUUUUCAAAUACGGUGUUGAACACAGAGUCGGUAGAAGAAUACUCUUCGCAAGUAAUAUCAUGCAUUAGGAGUUCUUCUUCAAUUAAAAUGACAACUGGAGAAAAAUUUUACAAGCAAAAGUGGUUUGACUCCGAAUGCUCGAAGUUCCGUAAGAAAUCCUUUGCUCUAUUACACGCAUGGAGAGAAACAGAUUCCGAAGUUUUAAAGAAAUGGUAUGCUGAAGCCAACACCUCUUAUAAAAAUAUGUGUCGUGUGAAGAAAAUCAACUGGGAAAACAACAAAGCUAUUCAACUUGCAAAUAUUAAAAACUCAAAAGAAUUCUGGAAAGCAACAAAAGAGAUAAAUGGUUCUAAAUUUAAAAUAGGUACAGGCGUUUCUGCAGCACACCUAUCACUGUACUUUCAAACUCUACUUCGUGAUCAAAGAAACAUAACCUUUUUAACUGCCGAACCUCUUAUCGUCGAUGAUAUUCUGGAUUGUGAAAUCUCUUUGGUGGAAAUUGAAAAUGUCUUAAAAAAAUCAAAAAAUGGAAAGGCACCGGGAGAAGAUGGCGCUUUAGAUAAAGCCGAAAACUACCGUGGCAUAUCGUUUAUGAACACCAUUGGCAAACUCUUUUGUGGAAUUCUAGUCGCUAGACUUGAAAAAUGGAUUGAUGAAAACAACACCAUGACCGAACUACAGGCAGGAUUCAGAAAAAACUACUCGACUAUCGACCACAUUUUUAGUCUAACUGCAAUAGUGAAAGGUUUUCAAGCGAGAAACAAAAAGGUGUACGCACUUUUUGUAGAUUUUAAGGCGGCUUUCGAUCUCAUUCAUAGAAACGCGCUUUUGUACAAGUUAUCGCAAAUCGGACUUUCUACCAAAUUCAUUCAGAUCAUCAAAGAAAUGUAUUGUGGAACUAAUGCUGCUGUUUGGGAUGGAAACAAUAUAUCGGAUUGGUUUGAAACAGAUAGUGGUGUGAAGCAGGGAUGCCCACUUAGUGCAUUGUUAUUUGCACUUUUUAUAAACGAUGUUGUGACUGAACUACCUGGUGGAAUCAGAAUUGCAGGCACCAUAGUAAAUGUUCUUUUGUACGCCGAUGAUUUGGUAAUUUUAUCUGAAAAUCCGCAAAAUCUACAAUUGAUGAUAAACCGCCUUGUUUCAUUCUGUGAGAAGUGGGGACUUAUCAUUAACACAGAUAAAUCGAAGAGUCAGGUUAAGUACGUAGUCAUGAACAUUAACAAAACGGAAUCCAUCAUCAAAACUAAAUCCAAGGCUGACUACGAUAUAGCGAGGACUUACCUUCGGGAGAAAAAGGUCCAGGAAAUCGUAAAGAAACUUAAUGCCAAAGGCUUCAAGGCCACGAAAGCGUCUCUCUUCCGCUCGAACAAGAGCAAAACGGAAAAUUUCAAUGCAUUUGUCAUUGAAUUUGACAAGGAGACCGAACUUGUUGCCGUCAACCGCACCAAGACGCUUUUUAACGAAUCUGGGGAAGCUACGCCCCAACGCCCUCACCCAAUACCGAAAAUGUCAGUCGUUUGGACAUGA